AAGUCAGGAAUGGCGGAGGAAAAUCAGACAAUGAAAACUGAGUUUAUCCUCACCGGAUUUAUGGAUCACCCAGAACUGAAGACGCUAAUGUUUGUGGUAUUCUUUGUCAUCUACCUGAUCACCAUGGUGGGCAAUCUUGGUUUGGUGGUGUUGAUCUCCAUGGAGCGCCGUCUGCACACACCCAUGUACAUCUUUCUGGGCAACCUGGCUCUUGUGGAUUCUUGCUGUGCUUGUGCCAUUACCCCCAAGAUGUUACAGAACUUCUUUGAUGAGGACAGAAUUAUUUCACUUUCUGAAUGUAUUGCACAAUUCUAUUUUCUUUGCGCUGUGGAAACUGCAGACUGCUUUCUCCUGGCAGCAAUGGCCUAUGACCGCUAUGUGGCCAUAUGCAGUCCACUGCAGUACCACACCAUGAUGCCAAAGCAACUCUGCAUUCAGUUGACCACAGGGGCCUUCGUAGCUGGAAAUCUGCAUUCCAUGAUUCAUGUCGGGCUUUUAUUUAGGCUAGCUUUCUGUGGAGGUAAUCAAAUUAACCACUUUUUUUGUGAUAUUCUUCCUUUAUACAGACUCUCCUGUGUUGACCCUUACAUUAAUGAACUAGUACUGUUUGUCUUUUCAGGAUCAAUUCAAGUCUUCACUAUAGGCAGUGUCUUAAUAUCUUAUCUCUUAAUCCUUUUUACUAUUUUCAAAAUGAAAUCCAAAGAGGGAAGAGCCAAAGCCUUCUCUACCUGUGCAUCCCACUUACUGUCUGUCUCAUUAUUCUAUGGUUCUCUUUUCUUCAUGUACAUUAGACCAAACUUGCUGGAAGAAGGAGACCAAGACAUACCAGCUGCUAUCUUGUUCACAAUUGUAGUUCCCUUACUAAAUCCUUUCAUUUACAGCCUGAGAAAUAAGGAAGUAAUAAGUGCCUUGAAAAAAAUUCUGAAGAUGAACUCCCAGGAAAGUCUGAAACAAAUGACAGCUACUGUGGCUUCAUGA